CUAUCCAAUCACCGGGCAGCCCAGUGUUUUGGCUCCUCCAUCGUGUGUUAUGAGGAGCGAGUUCAGUCUCACGGUGGUCCAGUACCGAGCAGACAAUGGAGGAGACUGAAGAUUUCUCCCUUUGCAGUAAAGCAGCUGUAACUGAAAUGAAUAUGAGGGAUGAGUAUUAUUGGAAGCUUGUUGCAGAUUUCAUCGGCCCUCAGUCUGGAGAAGGGUUAGAGCUUGAACAGGCACCAUGCAAGAACAGACUUUUGAUCCAAGUCGGACUCCUGAGAGAGGACAAUAAUUUUCCAUGGAUUGCCAUCGUAGAUUGGCUGAAGAAAAUUUUCCCCAGAUAUCAGUCAGCUGACUUUCGCCGUUUAAUUGAAAGAGGCAUCGCAACGACAUUGAGUCUAGGAAGUGAGGCGAGGAUUUCCUUCCUGGAAUCAGACGCCAACUUUAACUUUGUUGGCCCAAUAUGUGACAGCAUCGGAGUUGAACGGCAACAUCUUUUGGAACUGAGGGAUUUUUCAGAGCGAGCACAGUCGAUUGAAGUCACGAAUGGGUUGAUUCUCGAGUUGAGCAACUUCAUCACCAGGGAGAAACUUGCGCCAGUUGUUUUAGUAACUUGGCUUGUAAACUUCAACCCUGAGUUUUGUAAGAACGGGGAUAUUCAAAAAGCCUAUAAAAUCCUUAGAACCAAGAUCAAAAAGUUAAAACUGUAUUGCCGCAAUUGUGAAACAAGAAGUCACAGGAGGAAUGCAAUGAUGGAAAAUUUGCUUCAAAGUCCAUUUGAACUGGUGCGUAAGAAAACGCCUAAAUUAAUUGUGAAGAAACGCCUAAAAAGAGAAGACACCAUAAAUUAUGAAAAAGUAAUAAUCAAAGAGGAAGAUGAGGACUAUGAAAUCAUGCAAAGUCAGAAGUCUGAGAUGAACAGAGGACAUGUUGUGGAAAGUGAUAAGAAUUUGGAUGUCUCCAACCGAAGAGAGGAGACCUCUGAUGGAAGAGGAGAAGCACUGACCCUGCUUGACAUCGCAAUGCUGUCGGUCCAAAAGCUGUCAAGUAUGUACGGUGGCAAAAACCCAACAUGCAAACAAGUUUCCUUGGGUCUCCUCAAAAAUCAGUAUGCUCUAACAUGCAAGGAGCACCCAGCAAUGGCAGAGUUUGAGAGCAAACUCGACUCACUCAGUGAAGACAUUUCGCUCAUCUCGCCUGUGCUGUUUUUAAACUGUAAUGCCAAUUUCCUUGUUGACCUGCAUGACGCCAUUGAGCAGGGGAUUAUGGGCUUUGAAAAAGAGAUCAUUCAGUCAACGGGAGGGAAACUGGGCCGGGACAGUCUUCCAAAUUUCAAGAGAUUUGUGAACUUGUCAGAAAGUGCCACUUCACGCUACAUCUGCAUGGUUUGUGAUAUCUUGAGCCCUCGCAACUCAGGCACACAGAACUACAGAAAAUACUGGGAAGCUUUCUGUGAGGAAAAGAGAAAUCCCUCCAGACUUGCGGUAAAUCAAUCAAACCGAUUCAACAACUACUUUGAGGCUGCAGCUGGCGUUAUUCACCACUACAAAGAGAUCGGUCUCUUUUUCUCUGAUUUGCUGUCGCUGAACGAAAAAUGCCCAAACAUUAUCCUGGAGAGUGUUGCCACUGAUGCCAGUGAUUCUGUGAUACAGAGCCUUGUGUGUGUUCUGGCCAUUGUCUACUGCAAAAUCCUCGGUCCUUACUGGCAGCUUCUGAAGAGUGGAGGAGAAUACUCACACUUCAGCCAGUAUAUGCUCUGCCUCUACCAAAAGUUCCUUGAUUGGUCCAAAGAUCCGUCAACACUGCUGGAACCUGAAGAGGCCACAAAUGUCUUCCUGCAGUUCCCACUGCAGGAGAAAACCUUUGAAGGAGUGUUUCAUUACUGUGCUCACUGGCAGACGAACAGGGAGCUAAUCAGAGCUUGCUUGAAGAGGGUGAUAAAGAUUAUUGCUGCUGUCACUGAGGAACACCUGAAGGACUUCCUGCCAGGAGGAACAUUUUCUAAAGUCCCCUCAUCGGAUCUGAGCUCACAGCUGGUAAGCUGCACAUUCUCCGUCUUGAUGGCGGAGUAUCCCUUCGGCCAUGAGUACUCUUACGAGAAGAAAGGACCUGAGAAGUCCUCAAAGCGCUCCUCGAACAACAUGUCAUCGGACAGCUCCGAGGAAGAUGAUGACCGAUCUGGUUCAUCUGACAGCAGUUCUGAUGACUCUUCUGGUUGGCAUGAUAAGACUGUCCAACAAGAUGAAUGCAGUCCACAGGCGAAGAGGGGUCCCAAAAAGGUAGAACCGCUUGUGGAGAUCAUGGAUAGGGACUACAUAAUAGCCACCGUGAAAAGAAACGGAGGGCCAUGCAAGACACAGCAGGAUGUUGACAAAAUGAUGUUGCGUUUCGAUGGAAAAUCCCGAGCAGAGAAACGGGAAGGAGUUCGCUGUGAGUUGAUGUACCAGAAAAUGGUCUUGGACAACACCGACCCAAACUUGCGUGGUCCUUAUCUCACCAGCUCACAAAUGUCGCUGAAACUGAAACUUGCACUUCCUCGUGUUAAACCUGGGUACUCCCUUGUUUUGGCGCCUAAAUUGACAAAAACAAAGCCAGUGCUCAAAAACAUAGUGUACGCUGCGACUGAUCACAGUGAACGUAGCCACACAUGAGAGCUUUAACUUUAUCUGAACAGUACCAGAAAAGGGAUGUUAAAGGACGUGGAAUCAGAAGGAAUUGGGUUAACGUGUGAAUUCCUCAUGUGAUUCUUUCUUUAGAAGCCGAGCAGAAAUACACAAAGUGACCUCAGUCUUUCUACACAAAGACAUAAUGUAUGAUUCUCUGUAUGCCAGAUGGAGCUGCCACAUGUUUGUUACAUACUGUAUUUUCAUUUUCGGUAGUUGAAUUGAUAUUUGAUUUUGUGACUCUUUUGUGAAUCUUUUGACACAAUACCCUAAUUUGUGUGGUCCUGUAUUGUAAGAAUGAUUUUCUAGAGAGUUAACUUUUUUUUAUGUGAGGUUGUACCCUCGGUGAUCAUGCCGUUAAUAAUCGCUGCUUGUGUGACAGAUGUCAUGAGUGCCACUGACAAAAUAAACAUUUUGGUCAGAUUUUGUUGAUAUUUACUUUGUCGGCCUGGAUGAUACACUAGAAAAUGUUAGGCUAAUGUCACUGAGUUCAGUGUUAGAAAAUCAACCUACCUUCAGUUCAAGUUCAUGACUAUUUCCAGCAGUCAGACUUUGUUUAUGUUACCUACAUAAUAAGCCUUGUUUUUCUCAGAUUUGAAGGUCAUUUUUGGUUGCAUCACAAGCAUCAGCCAUGUCAAUGAGUUCAGUCUUAUAAAAG